AUGAACUUCAAUCAACAGUUUAUCCAAAAAUUAAUCAAACCAAAACCUUUUGAACGAAACCAUUCAUCAAUCUCAACUCCAAACCAAAACCCAACCAAGCUCUCACCAAUCUUCAAAUCAACAUCAACAUCAAAACCAAAGAAACCGUUUCCGAUUUAUGUGAAAUAUGCUAAUAAUCCAUCAGAAUUGAAUAUAAGAAUUCAACAACUUUGUAAAAGAGAAGAUGGAGGAUUAGAUAAAGCUAUUGAAUUAGUUAAAUCUUCUUCCAUUCAAGUGGCUACUGUUUCUGUUUGGACUCAAUUAUUUCAACAUCUUAUUCAUGCUCAAAGGUUUUCAUUUGUUUAUAAAUUGUUUCUUGAAAUGAAACGAAGAGCUAUUGAACCAGAUACGAAAUAUUUUAUUACUUUCUUUUCAGCUUUAGCUAAAUGUCCUCCUUCAAAAACUAUCACACUAGAAAGACUUCAAUCGAUUUGGUCACAAGCUCAAUCAACAUCAAGAUCAACUUUAAAUAAUGCACUUACAAAUGCUUAUUUACAUUGUUUAAUUAAUCAUGGUCAUACUGAAAUCGCAUUUGAAUUAUUUGAUAAAUUACCUCCUAAAACUAUCGAUAGUAUUACUAUUACUGAAAUCCUUAAACCAUUAAUCUCAUCCAACAAUCAUGAAAAAGCAAAACAGAUUUGGAAAAGGGUAGAAAAUACUUUAGAAUUAGAUUUAAAAGCGACGAUUUCAUUCGUUACACUUUUUCAUGAACAUGAUCAAGAGUUUGCAAUCAAGAUAUUAGAAUCUAAAUUAAACAUAAACCUUUCGACUCAAAAGUAUAAACCUUGGCAAUCAGCUUUAAAAAAGUCAAAUGAUCAAUUAAGCUUUGAUUCAGGUUCGUUUUGUUCUUUGUUAAGGAUUUUACUUAAGAUGAGAAAGUUUUCAAUGGUUUGUGAGGUUUGGAAACAAGUUAGAUCAGAUCGAGAUUUAUUCUUGAAACGUGAUUCACUUGAUUUUGUUCAUUGUGAAUUAUUGAUUUGGAUGAUCGAAUCGAAUAAUCAAAAGUUACAACCUACUAGUGAUACAUUAGAUAAAGCUAUCCAAGCAGCUUGGGAAACUAAUCAACUUUCAUCUGCAUUGAGAUUCAUCAUCACUUUUAAUCAAAUCUCAUCUGAUCAAAUCUUAGAAACUCAACCUACACUCGAACUCAAGACUAAAGCUCCUACCAUUAAACCUUCGAUUCGUUCAUUCACAACUCUUUUACAAACUGCUAAAAACUCUAGAACCAAAACGGGGAUUCAUCAAAGUUUAAUCUUGAUUGAUAGAAUUGGAUGUCCGAUUUUAAAAAGAAAUGAAGAAGGUUUAAGCAAAUUAUCAAAACUUAUGAAUGGAUUCGAUGCCAAAUUUCAAACGUAUUGGAAACAACAAUAUCUUUGGGUUUUAAGUAAUCUUUUGGACAAACAAAAGUCGGAGAAAUGGAUCGGUUGGAGACAAAGGAUUGAUGAUUAUUUAAUUGAAUCUGGAGAUUUUGAAUUAAGGACUAAGAUUGAAACUAGGUAUAUGACAUCUACCAAGAAGAAAUCGAUUCGUUGA